CCCGGCUAUAUAAUAGCCCACUCUUAUUUCGAGCUCACCCUAAUUCUGCUUCAUUUUCGAGUCCACUGAGUCAGAGACAGCCAAGCCUUCGUCAGCAGAGGUCGGCUCGGUGUUCUUCAUCGCCGCCGUCUUCGAUCGUCUUCAACUUUUUCAAGGUUUGUAAAAUAUGGCCGAUACUGAGGACAUUCAGCCUCUCGUUUGUGACAAUGGGACUGGAAUGGUGAAGGCUGGUUUUGCUGGUGAUGAUGCUCCCAGGGCUGUGUUUCCUAGUAUUGUUGGUCGGCCACGACAUACUGGUGUCAUGGUUGGUAUGGGGCAGAAGGAUGCCUAUGUAGGUGAUGAAGCACAGUCUAAAAGAGGUAUUCUUACCUUGAAAUAUCCCAUUGAGCAUGGUAUAGUAAGCAACUGGGAUGACAUGGAGAAGAUCUGGCAUCACACUUUCUACAAUGAGCUCCGUGUUGCUCCUGAAGAGCACCCAGUUCUUCUUACUGAGGCUCCUCUUAACCCCAAGGCCAACAGAGAAAAGAUGACGCAGAUUAUGUUUGAGACCUUCAAUGUGCCCGCUAUGUAUGUUGCCAUUCAGGCUGUUCUCUCUCUGUAUGCUAGUGGUCGUACAACUGGUAUUGUGCUUGACUCUGGUGAUGGUGUGAGUCACACUGUGCCAAUCUACGAAGGUUAUGCCCUCCCCCACGCCAUCCUUCGUCUGGACCUUGCUGGACGUGACCUUACAGAUGCUUUGAUGAAGAUUCUCACUGAAAGAGGGUACAUGUUCACCACCACUGCUGAACGAGAAAUUGUCCGUGACAUGAAGGAGAAGCUUGCAUAUGUUGCCCUUGACUAUGAACAAGAACUUGAGACUGCCAAGAGCAGCUCCUCAGUUGAGAAGAACUAUGAGCUUCCUGACGGCCAAGUCAUCACAAUUGGAGCUGAGAGAUUCAGGUGCCCAGAAGUCCUCUUCCAACCAUCCCUCAUCGGAAUGGAAGCUGCCGGCAUUCAUGAGACUACCUAUAACUCCAUUAUGAAGUGUGAUGUGGAUAUCAGAAAAGACUUGUAUGGCAACAUUGUGCUCAGUGGAGGUUCAACUAUGUUCCCUGGUAUUGCAGACAGGAUGAGCAAGGAAAUCACUGCUCUUGCUCCAAGCAGCAUGAAGAUCAAGGUUGUGGCUCCACCAGAGAGGAAGUACAGUGUCUGGAUCGGAGGGUCCAUUCUUGCUUCCCUCAGUACCUUCCAACAGAUGUGGAUUUCUAAGGGAGAGUAUGAUGAGUCUGGUCCAUCCAUUGUCCACAGGAAGUGCUUCUGAGUUCUAUAAAUGUUUUGGUGGUGAGUUAUUUUUUUUUCAAUUUAGUUGGAUUUUCGUGUCAAGUGUCAUGUGGUUGGGAUGUUUGUAGUGGAGAGUGAUUGGGAUCUUUUUUUUUCCGUCCUUAAUUCCCUUUUUGUUCUAUAUUUGACGGUUCUUUUUCUUUCUUUUUUUCUUGGGAACAUUAAUAUUACUAGCUUUAUUGUAUCUGAAUGAUAGUGUCAGUUUGUGGUCAUAAACUGCUAUGGAAAUUAUAUUUAAAUACUGGCUUGAAAGCUUGAGAGGAAUUUUGCUCC